GGAGUACAUGGCCAUGCAUGCACAGUGUCCACCUCUAGUCCAAGGGUUCCUAGACAAUACCUUCUUUAGGCAACCUGUCAAUCCGUCAAGGGAGCGUUGACGACACUCAAGCUUAAAUACACCUUCCCAUCCCCGACUUCGCGCGCUGAGUUGCGAGGUGCACCAUUCCUGGAUUGUUCGGCAGAAACAUAUCUAAAGAUAUUACUACACAUCAACCCUCUACCACCGCUUCUAAGACCGAUUGUGUGCUCGACUUGGGUCAGACCGGGCCGCAGCUUCUAGGUUGCAGGAAACGACCCCGAACUUCUGACUUACAUCUCAUAUCGGACCAACGAACCCUCGCCUCCACAGAGACAACUACUAUUCACGAUGUGCGACUAUACAGAGCUCCAGUACGGGUGCGACCACUCGCGCUAUCGUGUUCAGAGAUGGUGUCCGCUAUAUGAAAAAACACACAAGCCAUGCCGACCCAACGUUACCAAGAGGGAAUACUGUUUUAUCUUGAUUGCCAAUUUACUGACACGCCCUCUAGCUGACUGCCGACCAUCAUCACCGCCACCUUGGGAACACAUGAUUCGGCGAAGUAAUAGCAAGCGUGCUCCGUACGUCUAG